AUGGAGGAAAAUCCCAAGAUGGAUUACUUGUCAUCUUCUUCUUACUAUGGUUGUGGAGAUGCUUUUCAAAUGGAGCGAAAAAGCUUGGAUCGUAUGAAUUCAUUUCAAUACACAAAUGAGAAAAUAGAAAGCUAUGUGAUUGAUGUGGAUCCAUUUUCUCCCGGCAUCAAUAAAGAUAAUGUCAAUACAAAUUCGAGAAUUACGAAGAUGCAAAGGACCUUAUCAAGAAAAGGAUCACAACGCUUGGGUGACAGGAAAGUGAGCGGCAUUACAACACUUCAAAUUCAUGACAAUAAGGAUCUCAUCUCUGCUAUGUGCCCCCCAUUAGUGUGUGGCACGCCAGAAAAAAAUGGAGCCAUGACAAUGUUUUCGACGGAUCAUUCCAUCAACCCACAUAUCCAUCAACAAAGCGGCACAACCACGGGUGAAACCAAAUCCUUAACUCGGAGAAAUAGUUUCCUAAGAUCUACUUCAUGGUCGCUUGAUCCUAAAAGGGUUCUCAUUUUCUUUGCCACCUUGUCAAGCAUGGGAACAAUGUUGCUCAUAUAUUUCACUCUUAUUAGCAAUAAGCAAAAUUCAGAUGAAUUUGUGAGUGAUAUAGGAAAUAGUGAGUGA